AUGUUGAAGCUGAGGCAUGCUUUUCGAGGAGUGCGUCAAUUUUCAGGUACUGUAAUAGCAAAAGUGAAAUGUGCGUCAUGUUCCAUUAAACUACAAGAUCAGGACUCCAGUAAACCAGGAUACUAUACGGAGCCAAAGAAGCCGCUCAGCCCAAGAUCGAAACCUGAUAUUCAAAACCUGAAGUAUCUGCUGUUCAGUCAAGAUAUACAGAUCUCAAAACAAGCGGCUCAACAUGAUUCAGAUCAAACUACCUGUACAAAUAUUGAAAAUGCGAAAACCGAAGUGUCAUCGAGAGUGAUUUGCAAAAGGUGCAGCGACGCUCUUCACCAAAAUAUCUAUAAGUCUGAGGAGUUUCCUGCGAGUACACUAAAUGAUGUUUUAAACUACGUUCCUAAGAACUCAUAUGUUAUGCAUGUUGUUCCCUUUGCAGAGUUUCCUUUGCAUUUAAACCCUAGUAUUCUGAAAAAUGAUAAAUUAGACACCACAUUGGUGUUGACGAAGAGCGAUCAACUGUUUGAAGAUAAAAUCUCUGUUAGCAAAAAGGUCCCUAUGUUCAUGAAGCAGUUUUUGAAAUUUACUUUGAGAAUUGACUCAAAUAAGACAUUUGCCAUAUCUGCCAUGAAAAACUGGAACGUUUCCAUGUUUUACAACUACUUUAAAAACUACACAUAUCUAUUGGGCAAUCCCAAUGCUGGGAAAUCGACUUUGAUUAACUCCCUUCUACAAAAAUACCUUGGAUAUAAGGUUAAAAUUAAUUCUGCCGGGGAAAUCAAUUUGCCCUCCAAAGAAACGAUGCAAGAGGCUUUCACUAACCCGAAGAAUUUUUUGAAGAUUCAGGCUGCAGGCGUAUCACAUAUUCCCAACUUAACUAGAUCCGCGCAGGCUUACCAAGUGGGCAAUAAGAUUCUUUUUGAUCUGCCGGGCUAUUCUACGUCUAAAUCUGAAUUACGCUUAGAAGAAAUAAUCGACAAGGACUGGCUUCAAGGGCUACGAAAAACAAACUUGUUCAAUCAUAGGCGUAUGAAACAAAAAAAUUACGAGUCCAUGAAGGGCACUUCGCAAGGCGGUUGUUACACCGUGGGAGGCAUUUUCUACUUGGUGCCUCCAAAAGGAUCCAUAAAUCAAAUAGUGAAAUACAUACCGGGUCCAUCGGCAACAUUCAAAAACGUUGAAAAAGGUAUUGAGGUAUUCCGCUCGUGUACCUCGUCGUCAGGGACUCAUCCUUUAUCACAGUAUUGCGGAAUUAGAAGCGUGUUAUCUGACAAGGAUCAAUACAGAAGGUAUGCAAUCCCACCUUUUGUUGGGAGUAUAGAGAUUGUAUUGAAAGAUAUAGGAUAUUUUUUACUGCGGACAACAGGAAGGUAUGAAUUCAAAGGACUUCAUGAAAUAUGGGUGCCACGGGGUAUUGAGGUGUGCAUCAGAGAACCGCUAGAAAAAUUGAUUGAAUCCAACUACAAACGUUAUAUGGAAACUGGUGGUAAAGAACCAGUAUGUCCUAGAGACAGGCCUGUUAUCAGCUCCUUGUAUGAGAUUGCCCAAAAUGAAACCGAUGUUUUGAACACAGUCAAACAACUGUAUCUAAAAACCACAGAAAAAGAUUUAUCAGCCAGAAGAUUUGUCGAAGAUGAUCCUUACGACGUGGUCCAAGACCCAGAAAACAAAAAAAAUGCAUACUGGUAUUACCAAUGGUGA